AUGGCCCGCAAGGCUCUCUUCGGGCUCCUGUACGCGAUCAGUCUGGCUGUCAAUGCGAGUGCUCAGUGGGACAAUCCAGAUGGCGAAAGCGGCGCCGAGAACUCAACCACACCGACGUCGAUGGAGGGGGAGAUCACGAUACAUACUAUCAAUGUCGGAUCCGACACCUUCUAUCCCAACAGCAUAAUCGCGAAUCCGGAAGAUAAGGUCAUGUUCGUAUUCCACGACGGCAACCACUCUGUCAUACAAAGCCUCUACGGAUGGCCGUGUCAACCACAAGCAGCAGUCACUGGACAGGAAGGCUUUCAUUCGGGAUUCUUUCCAAUCACCGAUCAUGAUGCCGCGCUCUCGACCUGGAACCUGACUGUGACAAACAAUACCGAUCCUAUCUUCUUCUACUGCGGAGCACCUGGGAGCUGUUAUGGAAAAGGCAUGCUGGGCGUCAUCAAUGCCAACAGCGAAACAAAUGUAACCAAGCAGAUCGAACUGGCCAAAGCAUCUAGAUAUGGUCUAGAAUUCGGAGACACGAUGGCACCGGCAGCAUCAGCUAGCAUGACAGCACUUGCUGCGGAAGUCCUGGCCGACGACAAAGAACACCCACAUAGCUUGUCAACAGGUGCCAUCGUUGGCAUUGCCGUAGGCGGAGCAGCAGGCGUUGCGCUUCUUGGAGCACUCUUGUUCUUCCUGCGACGCAAUCGAAAAUUGAAGAAGCAGCUCCGAGCAAGCCAAACUGUACCAGCAGCUGGGAUGCCGCCACCGUCCGAUACCAUGCAACAGCAUCACGGCCACACUUCAUACCUCCCACUCGAGGAUCCACGAAUGAUGAACAAGCACUCGAGCCCAGCGCCACCAUAUCAAGCAUACAAUCCCACGCAAGAGCAGGUCAAAGCGCCAGAAGCAUCACCGUAUGUCCGUUCCAACUGGGAGGCUCAGAACCAGCACUGCGGCACGAACUAG